AAUGGCCGAGCCACGCAUGCGCCUACGUCAAAAGGGCCAACAGUUCUCCAACCCCGAACCAUUCGGCGACACCCAACCCUCCCCGCAACCCCUCACAACCCUCGACGAAAUAAUCACAGACUUCAUCAUCGAGACCUGCCACAGCGCCGCAAUCUGCGCCUCCUACUCGCGCCGCCAGAAGAUAAAGGUCGACGACUUUAAGUGGGUCUUGCGCAGGGAUGCAAAGAAGCUGGGCAGAGUGACGGAAAUCUUCUUUGCCGAGAAGAUCCUCAAGGAUAAUAGAAAGGCGUUCGACAUCGGCACGGGAGAAGGUUUGGUGCAGGGAAAGAAGGGCGCUGUCAAGGAGUUGGGCGUCGAGGAUGAAGGCGAGGAGGGCGGCAGAAAGAGGAAGAAGAGAAAGACGGAAGCC